UGAUUUACACACUUGAUGUGUGUUAAGUAAGUGUUUCCAAUAUGGCAGUGUAGUAUAUAUAAUUCACAUCUCUCUACUCACCUCGAGGGCUGGAGAAGUUGGGAAAAGACCACCAUUUAUUACUCCUCUCUCUCUUUCUCUCUUCUCUUUACACAAAGUGAGACGCAAUGGAACACGAGCACAAGAACAAUCUGAAUGGGCUGGAGAUGGAAAAGGGAAAUAAGGAGAGUGGUUCGAGAGAAGGGCUUGAGUUAACGAUGAGAGUGUUGGCUUUGGUUCUAUCACUGACCGCUGCAACAGUACUUGGUGUCGCAAAACAGACCAAGGUUGUGUCUAUAACGCUGAUUCCAACUUUGCCUCCACUUGAUGUGUCCGCAACAGCCAAAGCCUCUUACUUGUCUGCCUUUGUGUUCAACAUUUCGGCAAACGCCAUAGCUUGCGGUUACACAGCGAUCUCAAUAGCCAUUCUGAUGGUCAGCAAAGGAAGAAGAAGCAAAGGCUUGAUAAUGGCGGUGUUGAUAGGUGAUCUAGUGAUGAUGGCUUUGCUAUUUUCCAGCACCGGAGCCGCCGGAGCAAUAGGGUUGAUGGGUGUACAAGGGAACAAGCAUGUGAUGUGGAAGAAAGUGUGUAACGUUUUGGGAAAAUUCUGUCACCAAACUGCUGCUUCGGUGGCCAUCACUCUUCUCGCUGCAAUUAUGUUUAUGGUUCUUGUUGUUCUUGAUGCUAUGAAGCUUCCUUAAUGCAAGUGAUAUUUCUGUUUCUUCGGCAGCUCUUCCGCUUCUUGUCGUGUUGUGUUGUGUGAAGUCAUCAUCAACAAUCAUGUAAUUGUCAAUUUGCUUUUAAUGCUUUUUAUGAAAUCGUUUUCUACGGUGAGCAUUUAUUCAAAUUUCGGAAGUAAGCU